AUGGAGAUUUAUGAAGAUUCAACAGCUCCCAUGAGCCCUUUGAGCCAAUACUUCAACACUAGUGAAAUGUGUGUAUCUGUUUUGGGUGUGAUUGAGAUUGAAACUCCAAUUUCUUCAUGGGAAGACAUAUCCUCCAUUGUCACUGAUGUUCUCAUCCCUGCCAACCCACGUUUCUCUUCAAUCAUGGUGAAAGAAAAGACUGAAGAGCGAAAAUGGAAGACAACUAAGGUUAGCCUAAAAGACCAUAUUUACAUACCAAAUUUCCCAACGGAACUCUCAUCGUAUGAAUAUGAUGCUUACUUUGAUGAAUAUGCAACAAAAACAGCCACGAAACCUUUUUCACAAGCCAUUCCUUUGUGGGAAAUUCAUGUUUUCAAUUACCCUACAACCCAUGCAACCUGUAGCGUAAUUUUCAAGGUUCAUCACUCGAUAGCCGAUGGAUUUUGUCUUAUGAACACUCUUUUAAGUUGCCUUAAGAGAGCCGACGAUCCUUCUCUUCCUCUCACUUUUCCGUCUCGGCAACGAUCAAAACAACCCAAAAACAAACUCGAUUUUUGUCGUCUUAGACAUUUCCCAGCUCGGUUUUCCUCUUCUGUUUCCAACUUCGUAUUGAACUUUGGAUGGAGUAUCAUGAAGAACACUUUCGUUGAAGAUGAUCCAACGCCCAUCAAACCACAAGAAGAUUCCAUGCAGCUUGUUAAGCCAAUUGCCAUAUCAACCAUGACCUUUUCUCUUGAUCAAAUCAAACAAAUCAAGAAUAAGCUUAAUGCGAGCGUUAAUGAUGUACUCACUGGAAUCAUAUUCUUGGGAGUUCGAUUGUACAUGCAAGAACAUAACCCCGAAUCAAGUGAAGCAAAUUCAAGUGCAUUGAUUCUACUGAAUACAAGAAAGGCCAAAGCUUAUAAAUCAGUUAAAGUAAUGGUCAAGAAAGACAGUGACGCACCAUGGGGAAAUAAAAUUGCUUUUUUGCCAGUUCCAAUACCAAAGCUAAUCGAUUCUCCUGUUGUUUCAUCAACCCCUUUGGAAUUUGUGGAGAAGGUCAAAGAAAAGAUCACGUUGCAAAGAAGCCCUCUCUCUGUCUUUUUAGCUGCUAAAAUUGGAGCAAAGUUGUUCAAAAGGAAGCUAAAAAAUUCAAGCAUUAUGAUAUCAAAUUUGAUUGGACCUGUGGAGAAAAUGGCUUUGGUCAAUCGUCCAGUUAAAGGCUUAUACUUUACGGUUCCUGGGAUGCCUCAGAGUCUAAUGAUAACAAUUGUGAGUUACAUGGGAGACCUGAGGAUUGUGUUUGGAGGUGAGAAGUGCUCAACAGAAAUUGAAAGUAUGCAUUGA